CUGUUGCAACUUCAUUCGCUCUCCCAAUUUUGUUUUGCAAGGCUGGCGCCAAUCGUUGCCCUUUUCUCAACAAGAAAACGGGACCCGGCACCCCACCACCGGCGUUGCCACGGCCCGCGCAGACUUCCGCCCGACGUUUGAAGGCCAAACCGCGAAGCAUCGAGGAGCGUGAAGGCAUUCGACAGACCGCCGGCAAACCUGAGGAUUCGGAUAGUUUUGUAUGGCAUGAGGCCAUCGACCGAGUUCCCGCAUUCACCAUGAAAUCCAUCACAUUUCGUGGGCUGCGGCAACUUUUCUGGCCCAGGGGCACCAAUACCUCGGAUGGUCCCCAACAACUACGGCCAACGGCCUACCUCGACGGUCUCAGAGGGUUCGCGGCAUUCAUGGUGUACAUCCACCACCAUGAACUAUGGUCACACGGGAUACAAGGCUCUUAUCUAUUCGAGCGGGCGUUUGGGGAGGGGGACAAGUUCUUCUUUGCGUGUUUUCCCAUCGUUCGGAAUUUCUUCACGGGCGGCCACAUGGCGGUGGGCAUCUUUUUCGUUAUCUCGGGCUACGUCUUGUCGAUGAAACCGCUAUCCCUCAUCCACGCCGGUGAGCACCUCAAGCUCUUUGACAGCCUCGCCUCCGCCUUCUUCCGCCGAUGGUUUCGGCUCUACAUCCCCGUUAUCGUGACCACGUUCGUCUACGUCAUGUCCUGGCACGUGUUCGGCAUCUGGACCGCGCAAACGGAGGCCAAGGGCACGGUCGGCGAGGAACUCUGGAACUGGUAUGUCGAGUUCAAGAACUUCAGCUUCCUCUUCAAAGAGGGUUGGCCGUGGAUGAACGCCAACUCUCACCUCUGGUCCAUCGCGUUAGAGAUGCGUGGGUCCGUGGUGACCUAUAUGGCUUGCAUGGCGCUGGCGCGGGCGACGCACAAGGCUCGCCUCCUCUGCCUAUUCGGCCUCGUGGUUUACUUCCUCUACAUCGUCGACGGCUACUACUGCGCGCUGUUCAUGGCCGGCAUGCUGCAGUGCGACCUGGACCUGCUCGCGAAGAAGGACGGCUACUUCCCUCGGUGGCUCCGCCGGCUGGAGCCGUACAAAACCUUCAUCUACUACCACCUCUUCCUCAUCGGCAUGCUCCUCGGCGGCGUGCCGUCGCACACGGCAGAGAUCGCGGACCUACGGGCGAGCAAGGGGUGGUACUACCUGUCCUUCCUCAAGCCGCAGGCCGUCUUCGAUUACAAGUGGUUCUACCUCUUCCUGGCGGGCAACAUGAUCGUGGCGUGCAUCCCGCGGAUGCCGUGGCUGCGGCGCUUCUUCGAGUCGCGCUUCUGCCAGUUCCUCGGCCGCAUCUCCUUCGCCCUCUACCUCGUCCACGGGCCGAUCCUCGGCACCAUCGGCGACCGCGUCUACUACGCCGUCGGCUGGGACCGCACCCCCUACGGCAGGCCCGACAACCCCAUGGCCCACUGGGCCAACCUCUUCCCGCUGCCCCGCAUCGGCCCGAUGGGGCUCGAGCUCUCCUUCUUGCUGCCCAACCUCCUCUUCCUCCUGCCCCUGACGCUGUGGAGCGCCGACUUUGUCACCCGCAUGGUCGACGAGCCCGCCGUCCGGUUUGCCGCCUGGCUGUACAAGAAAGUCCAGCAGGAUGGGGAGCAGGAGCAGAAGCCCGUUGUUCUCGCGCCGUUGACGCGGGUGGAUUGAACUUGGUGGGAAGUUAAGAGAGGGGGUUAAUGGGAGGGGGGGGUUAAG